AUGAAUGGAGUGUCAUUAGGUCAAAGGGGGAGUUAUGGAUCAUUGCCUUGCUACGGAAAAUUAUCAAAUUUUGCGCGAAAACCAUCUCCGAAAAUGCUGCCAGUGAGCUCAAGGGACAAGGAGCGGGUUCUCCUGGUUGUUUGCCGGUGUUUGGGGCGUAGAAGAGUUGCAAUGCUGCUUUUGGUUGCACUUGCUCUCCUAGUUUUCAUUUGGGGUUCCUUUACAGUUAGCAAAGAAACCACAAGUCCAACUGUUAGACCAACGGAUAGUAUACAUUUUGACAACAAUGAUAUAGUAAGCCAUCAUUCCAUUGUUUGUCGCUCUAGAGUUAAUAGUACAUUGGACCAUCCAUGCCACAAGUUUGCUCUCCCUCCUCCCCCUCCUUCUGGUGGACGACGGAUUGGACCACGCCCGUGUCCAGUAUGUUACAUUUCUGCAGAGCAAGCUAGAUCUAGCAUACCAUGCUUUCCAUCUGCAUCGCCAUUGCUUCGCAACUUGAAAUAUGUUGUUGAUGAAAACCCGAUUAAAAUUGAAUCACAUGGAGGUUCAUACUUUGGUGGAUAUCCUUCUCUAAAGCAGAGGAAUGAAUCUUUUGAUAUAAAAGAGUCGAUGACAGUGCACUGUGGAUUUGUUAAAGGAAAUAGGCCUGGUCGCCUGACAGGAUUUGAUAUUGAUGAAGCUGACCUGCUGAAAUUGGAAGAGUCCCAUGAGGUCAUUGUUGCAUCAGCCAUAUUUGGGAACUAUGACAUAAUACAACAGCCCAAGAACAUUAGUGAAGCAGCUGGGAAAAAUGUUCCUUUUUAUAUGUUUAUUGAUGAAGAGACAGAAACAUAUUUGAAGAAUUCCAGCGCCCUAGAUAGCAAUAUGAGGAUCGGACUGUGGAGGAUUAUUGUUGUCCACAACAUUCCUUACACUGAUGCAAGACGUAAUGGAAAGGUUCCAAAGCUUUUAUUGCAUAGGCUCUUGCCUAAUGUUAGAUAUUCCAUAUGGAUAGACGGAAAGCUCCAGCUUGUCAUGGAUCCGUAUCAAGUUCUUGAGAGAUUCUUAUGGCAGCAAAAUGCCAGUUUUGCAAUCUCAAGACACUACCGUCGUUUUGAUGUGUUUGAAGAGGCUGAAGCAAACAAAGCUGCAGGGAAGUAUGACAAUUCCUCCAUUGAUUACCAGAUUGAAUUUUAUAAAAAGGAGGGUUUAUCGCCAUACUCCAAGGCUAAGCUUCCAAUCACCAGUGAUGUUCCUGAAGGUUGUGUUAUCAUAAGGGAACAUAUUCCCAUCACAAAUCUGUUUACCUGCCUGUGGUUCAAUGAAGUUGAUCGGUUUACUGCCAGGGAUCAGUUAAGCUUUUCCACAGUGAGGGAUAAAUUAAUGGCUAAAGUUGAUUGGAGCAUCAACAUGUUUUUGGAUUGUGAGAGGCGUAAUUUUGUGAUUCAGGCUUACCACAAAGAUCUAUUGGACCACAUGCCACCUCCAGUAGCUCCCAUCAUUAGACAUCCGCCACCUUUGCAUCGUGAUAGUUUAGCUGGGAGGAACACAGGUAAAAAUUCAAGGCGUGGAAGAGAUAGGAGAUCUGGUUCAAGGCAACACCGCAAGGCUGCUGCAGUUCUCACAGAAAGACAAGUACAGGGAACUGAAAAUAGGAGGAUGGUUUUAUUUCAACCUUCAACCCUUAGGCAUAGCUUCCAAUGGCUCGUAACAGGAAAGGAUCUAACAGCAGAGGAGAGGCCUGUCACUGUGUUUGGUCAUGGCAUUGAAAUAGCGACAAAGCUUAAAGGUUCAACACCACAUGACCAGCUGUUGAUCCAAACCUCUGAUUCCUUUUCUGGGUUGCUUUUAUUUGCCAUUGGGUUCCUUUUGUUCAUGGUGGCAUUUGUUAAGGACAGAGAGUUCCAGAGUUUCUUUUCUAAAGGUUGUGUCUUGCUCCAUGUUUCAAUGGCUUUUUGGAGAGUUUACUUUGAGAGGAAGCUUGAAGAUCUGGCUCAUGAUUUGCCUAGACUAGUUGUUGGUGAUAUUGCAUUGGCUCUUUCUUGGGUUUUCUUUCUUGUUUACUCAUGGAGAGAGAAGUAUGAUUAG